AUGCGGUCAAUCCAUAUCUUCCGAAACACACCCUCUGCCAUCCGGACUCUCCACACCACGCCCACGCUGCACUUUACCACACGCACCUCGAGCGGGCUCGACCGCGCAGUCUCCCAGGGGCACGCCACCUCGCCUCAGAACCACGCGCCACAGUCCGUGCAGAGCGUCCACGUCGCGGCGGGGCUCUGCGCGCGCAACGACGCGAACGACCACCACCUCAACGCGGCAUCGCCCGCGCCGCAGUACAGGCCGCGCAGCUUCGGGCGCGGCGGGGGCAACAGGGAGGGCGUGGGCUUCGUCGAGCAGGUCGGCGGCGCGAGCGUGAGCGCGGACAAUUUCUCGAGUGUUGGGUAUAUGGGGGGUAAACGGGGGUUUCAUGGGAGUGCUGCCAUACAUGGUGGGAGCGGGAUGCAUAGCGCGAAGAUGGUGACGAGGGGCGGGCGGGACCCGUCGGUGUCGCAGGGGCACGCGGCGGAUCCGGAGGGGAACGAGUCGCCGCAGGACGUGCUGUCGGACCACGUCGGCGACGGAAUGAAGGCGCGGGACGCAGGACACCCGAUGGACGCCGCGUCCUCGCACACGCAGCCACAACUCAAACCUACCGGUAUGGGCUCGGGAAACAAGGAGCAUAUCGGGUUCGUCGAGCAAAUUGGCGGGGCGAGCGCCUCCGCGAACGGCGGGUCGAAGUACAUGCCUGACGACGUAAAGGGCUCACCUUCGCCGGGGAGUACUGUCUCUGCCCACUGGGAGGGCGCGACCACCACCCCUAACAAUUCCUCCCGCCCCUCCUUGACCUCCGCACUCAAACACACCACGCAAGCCGCUACCUCCGCCCCCCGUCCCCUCCAAUGGGAAGGCAAACGCCCCUUCUCCUUUACCCUCCACACCUCUCUCCCCACCUACGCCUCCGGCCGCACAGACCCGCACACCGCGGGGCGCACUCAGAAGCAAAAGGACGCGCACCUUGGUCUCGACACGGGCGGGCCCGCGGAGUACGAGCAGGCGAAGCUGGCGGGGAGCCGCUUCGGCGAGACGCGCGCCCAGAAGGGGAGCGUGACGGUCGGCGCGGAAAAGCAGAAGCGCACGCCGGGGACGGAUAGGAAUGCGGAAAGCGCGUCGGGGGAUUUUAGUAACGUCGGGGUGGUUGCUGGGCAGAAGGAGAAGUGA